CCCACGGCGUUGACAGCCCAGCUGCAUCCACCCCAACAAAACAACGCAGAGCGCGAGCCUCUCGGUGCACUGCGCAUGCCCACAACGCAGGUUCUUGGACUGUCUGGCUCAGGUGACCGGAAGAAACUCCUGGACCAAAAUGUGUGCGUCGCAGGGACCCGGAAGUGCCGCGGCCGCCGGCUGCAGCCGCGGGCUCGGGACGAUGGAGCGGGUUCUGCCGGUGCUGCUGGUGCCGGUCCCCGGCGAGGCGCGGCGGCUGGGCUCCCGGGCGCAGCUGCACAGGCAGCAGGAGGCUCUGGGGAGCCUGACGGCGGCCGGCAGCCUGCAAGUACUGUCGCUGGCCCCGGGCGGCGGGGGCGGCUGCUGCCUCGAGGGCCCUUUCCAGCAGUUUGUUUGGGAGGAUUGUCAUAACAGCGCAGCAACAGACAAGCCCAAACUGCUCGCUGUUAGUAAAAAUUAUGAGCUGUUUGUGUAUGAAUUUGAUUUGAAAGAUGGAGGAUGUGACGCUGCUGCUUCCAAUGGCUGUAGUAGGGAUGCACUGCAAAGGCUCCUUGAAGAGCAAGGUAUCAGUAUUUCCUUAUCAUCUUUACAAAUUCUGUCGUUCCACAGCAACACAUCAUUGUUGUUCAUCAACAACUGUGUCGUCCUACACCUUGUGUUUGCUGAGAGAGGUGCUGAGGUUGGAGUGCUUGGCUGCUUUGCGCUACCCCUGCCUGCCCAGACAGCGCACACGGUUGUUGAUGCGCAGCUCUGCAGAGGAAUUCUCUUUGUUUUGACGAGUGUAGGCUGGAUCUACAUUUUCGACACAGUGGGGCUUAGGCAGGUAGCUCAUGUGGAUUUAGCACAUCACCACGAAGAUACGUGUAAUGAGCAGCAACAAGAGCCAGCCAUGAUUAAAUCCUUUGCUUCACUGAAAGUAUCUCAAGACUUAGAUGUUAUAGUAGCUAUCAGCCCCUCCAACUCUGCGAUUGCUCUGAACUUAAAUUUGUAUUUCAGGCUGCAUCCAGGACACCUCCUAUGUAAAAGAAUACUAGAAGACUGUCCUAUUCAAGGACCCAAGGGGAUAGAUGAAGAUGAUCCUGUGAACUCGGAAUACAACAUGAAACUGACCAGCUUUUCUUUCCGGGUUGAUAGGUCUUGGAAAGCUCAGCUGUCAUCCCUGAGUGAAGCAAUAAAAAGUUCCACAUUGGAAGUUUCUUGCCAUGCUUCAUGGUUUCAGGAUAUUUUGGACUCAGAGUCUUCUGAAUCUGGUAACUGCAGUACCAGUGUGCCGAGCUGGACUUUCAUUCCACAAGACACGAUGUGUGGCCCAUAUAAUUUGUCACAGAAAGGUCAUGCCAAGACCAGUGAUCCUGGACGACUGUGGAAGAUCAUGCACUUCAGUGAAGAAGAGGAACCCUUAGAGCUUAAAUGUACGUCAGUGACAGGAUUCACUGCGCUGUUCACUCGAACGACAGAAAGGACAGGCUGCACCAUUGUCCUCUGGGAUUUGGAGACUCGGGGUGUGCAGUGUUUUCCCCUCAGCAAGAAUUCUAUUCCUAUAGACAGUGCUGGAGACCAGCAGCCGUGCUUUGUGCUAACAGAAAAUGGACUCUCCAUGAUUUUAUUUGGUUUGACUCAAGAGGAGUUUUUAAACAGACUAAUGAUCCAUGGAAGCGCCAGCACUGUGGAUUUUCUUUGUCAUCUCAAUGGUUGGGGGAGAUGCUCCAUUCCCCUACAUGCACUAGAGGCUGGGAUAGCAAAUCGUCAGCUGGAUACAGUGGAUUUCUUUUUGAAGAGCAAGGAAAAUCUUUUUAACCCAUCCUCAGAAUCCUCUGUGCCUGGUGAAUUUGAUCACUUUUCAUCCCACUUAUUUUUAAAAAAUGUGGAAGAGCUGACACCAGCAUUGAAUUUACUUUGCUCAGCAAUUAGAGAAAGUGACUCUGAAGCCCAAAGCAAACAUUUUUCAGAACAGUUGCUUAAUCUUACCCUGUCUUUCCUUAACAAACAAAUAAGGGAGCUUUUUGUUCACAUUGAAGAACUAGAUGAACAUUCACAAAAAGGAGUGAACAUUUUGACCAGCUACAUUAAUGAACUUCGAACCUUCAUGAUGAAGUUUCCCUGGAAGUUAACUGAAGCUAUGGAUGAAUAUGACGUAACUGAAGAUGUCCCCAAAGUAAAGGAAAGUGAUAUGUGGGAGAAGUUCAGCUUCGAGGAAGUCAUUGCCAAUGCCAUUUUAAACAACAAAAUACCAGAGGCACAAACCUUCUUCAGGAUCAACGGUCAUUCUGCUCAAAGACUUGAUGAACUGAUUAGAAUAGGCCUUGAUUUGGUCUUUGACAGCUUAAAAAAGAACAAUAUAAAGGAAGCCUCUGAACUUUUGAAGAAUAUGGGCUUUGAUGUAAAAGAUCAGUUGCUCAAGAUAUGCUUCUGCACAACUGACAAAAACAUACGGGACUUCCUGGUUGAGACUUUAAAAGAAAAUUAUUUUUCUGAUAAAGAAAAAAGAACUACAGACUUCAUGCAUCAAGUUGAGAAGUUGUAUUCGGGGCAUUUCCAAGAAAAUAUGCAGAUCCAGUCCUUUCCCAGGUAUUGGAUAAAGGAGCACGAUUUUUUCAAGCACAAAUCUGUUUUGGACUCUUUCCUGAAAUAUGAUCAUGAAGAUGAACUUGGCAAACAGGACCAUAGAAUUGCAUUAAAUUGGGCUCAGUGGUGGGAUCAGCUGACACAAGAAUCCAUCCUUCUUCCUAGGAUACUUCCAGAAGAGUAUAAAUUCUAUUCCCCUGAAGCCCUCUGGAGAUACCUCACGGCUCGCCAUGAUUGGUUAAGCAUCGUCUCAUGGAUUGGAGAAUUCCAGGCUCAGGAUAGCCAUGUUUCACAUCAGCAGAAUAAAUGGCCCCGACUGACCAUUGAUGUUAUUGAUCAGGGUACUUGCUGCAACAACUACAUGAGGAAUAGAAUCUUGGAUAAACUGGCCAGGAAUGGGAUUUUUCUUAGAUCUGAAAUGGAAGACUUUGAACUCUUCCUCCUAAGACUGAGCCGUAUUGGAGGUGUGAUACAAGAUACCCUGCAUGUUCACAGUUACACCAGCAAAGAAGGUUGGGAUUUCCACUCUCACUUCAUUCUGUAUUGCUUGGAACAUGGUCUGCAGCAUCUCCUUUACAUCUAUGUUGACCAUUACAAACUUACUCCCGAAAAUUGUCCUUUUUUGGAAAAAAGAGAGUUACAUGAAACACACCCUUGGUUUGAAUUUCUAGUUCGAUGUCGGCAAGUUUCCAGUAACUUAACAGAUCCCAAGCUGAUAUUCCACGCUAGCCUUGCAAAUGCUCAAAUUUUGAUUCCCACCAACCAGGCCAGUGUAAGCAGCAUGCUGUUGGAAGGGCACACCCUGCUGGCCCUUGCUACCACCAUGUAUGCUCAUGGAGGUGUCAGCCAGGUUAUUCAGAAUGAAGAGAACGAGAACUGCUUGAAGAAAGUGGAUCCUCAGUUACUGAAGAUGGCAUUAACUGCUUAUCCCAAGCUCAAAACUGCUCUGUUCCCGCAGUGCACCACUCUGAGUAUUCUGCCACCUGAUAUUACCCUGUACCAUCUAAUUCAGUCACUGUCACCCUUCGACCCCAGCCGGUUGUUUGGCUGGCAGCCUGCCAACACUCUGGCUAUAGGAGAUGCAUCAAGUCAUCUCCCACAUUUCUCCAGCCCUGAUCUGGUUAAUAAAUACGCUAUAGUGGAGCGUCUGAAUUUUGCUUACUAUUUGUAUCAUGGACGGCCAUCAUUUGCAUUUGGUACUUUUCUUGUGCAGGAAUUAAUCAAGAGUAAGGCACCCAAACAGCUGAUCCAACAAGUAGGCAAUGAAGCCUAUGUCCUGGGCCUCUCCUCCUUCCACAUCCCUUCGAUCGCAGCUGCCUGCGUUUGCUUCUUAGAAUUGCUUGGCCUUGACAGCCUCAAGCUUAGAGUUGACAUGAAGGUGGCCAACGUCAUUUUGAGCUACAAGUGUAGACAUGAAGAUGGCCGAAAUAGCUUCGUGCGCGAGUCUCUAGGUGAAAAGCUGUCUAAACUGGCUGAUGGUGAAAAGGCAACCACGGAAGAAUUACUUGCUCUCUUAGAAGAGGGUACAUGGGACAGCAUUCAGCAGCAGGGAGUGAAGAGGUUAUCCAGUGAUUCCAGCAGGCAGUGGGCAUUAGUGGUGCAGUUCUGCAGGCUCCACCAUAUGAUGCUGAGCACUUCUUACCUUGAAGAAUGUGCCAAAGCGGACGACUGGCUGCAGUUCCUUAUUCACAGCCAACUCCAUAACUACCAACCAGAAGAGGUGAAACCUCUUCUGCAUUCCUUCAGCCCCGUCCUUCAAGACCACCUAAGACUGGCUUUCGAGAACCUGCCUCCUCCAUCCAACUCCAGAGUAGACAGUGACCACACCUGCAGCAGGUUCACCCAGGAACUCCAGAAAAACACAGAAGACGGGAAGGAUUUCUUUGAAAUUCUGCUCCAGUGCUCGGAGGAGCUGGACUCCUGGCGCUGGCUGCUGGCCGAGGCAGUGAGACAACAGGCCCCUGUCCUCAGUGUCCUGGCCGCCUGCCUGCAGGAUGCCGGUGCUAUUCCUUGUCUCUGUGUCUGGAUCCUCACUUCUGUGGAGCACAGUGUUGCUGCUGAAGCCGUGGGACACAUUCAGGGCUCUGUGGAGGGCCACGCCUGGGAGCUGGGCGACCUCGCGGUCAUCUGGAAGACACUGCUAACCAGGCAGAAGAGCAGAACGCUCACCAGGGGCUUCCAGCUUUUCUUUAAGGAUUCCCCGUUGCUGUUGAUGCUGGAGAUGUACGAACUGUGCAUGCGGUUCAAGAAUUAUAAAGAAGCUGAAGUUAAGCUGCUCGAGUUCCAGAAGAGCCUCGAAGCUCUGGACAAGGCAGCCUCGGAGAUCGGCCCUGUCAUCCCUGCCGCAUGGCUGAAGGAUCAAGUGUGCUUCCUUCUGAAGCUGCUGCCACAGCAGUGUGAGACCCAGUACGAGCUGGGGAAGGUUUUGGAGCUGUGUGUUGGGGUGCAACAUCUCUUCUGUGACGGUCCAGAUGUGAAGAAGCUGUGCGCUCUGAGCCAGAUCCUGAGGGACACGUCCAUAGCCAUGAGCCGGGAGGUCAUUAUCCGCUACAGCAGGGACAACUUCCAGCUUGAGUGCAGAUCUGUUCUGGAGAGACUGCAAACAGAUGGACAGUUUGCCUUGGCCAGGAGGGUAGCGGAAUUAGCUGAGUUACCCAUGGACAACUUGGUUAUCGAAGAGGUAACACAGGAAAUGCAGGCGCUGAGGCGUGAUCAGCAGUGGUCCCUGGCACAAGCAAGGGUGGACUUUUGGAAAAAGUGCCAUGAUCAUUUUCAGAAAAAUUCCAUUUCAAGCCAAGCAGCUUCUUCCUUUUUCUCGGGCCAGGCUCUCAUGGUGUGUGAGCACCCAGACCCAGAAGGGCAGGCCAACAUCGAGGAACGCCACCUGCUGCUCACCCUGGCAGGGCACUGGCUUGCCCAGGAUGACCCAGUGCCCUUGGAGCAGCUGGAGGAGCUGGAGAAGCAGAUCUGGCUCUGUCGCAUCACGCAGCACACCCUCAGGGGAAGCCAGACGGAGCUGGAGCCCGGAUUUUCUCACCAGCUCUCCACUAAUGAACUUUCCUUUGAGAGCUUAGCCUGUGAAUUCUGCUUCUCCAAGCUGGAUGCUCUAAACACGCCCAAGUACUUAGAACUUGAUGGCCUUCCGUCCAGAGAGACACGUGGGGACAGGCUGGACGGGGGGCAGCAGGAGUCACUCCACUUCCUGCUGGGCCGCCUGCUGGACGAUGGCCGUGUGCACGAGGCAAGCCGAGUGAGCCGAUAUUUUCGCUUCUAUGACCGCGACGUCGCCCUGGUGCUGCACUGCAGGGCGCUGGCCGCGGGGGACGCUGGCGCGGAUGACCUGCAGCCGGAGAUCCGGGCCCUCCUGCUCGGCACGGAGCCUCCUGAGGAGGAAGAGCCUGCGGUUCCCCUGAGGAAAGUCCAGAGCACCUCCAGUUUGGAGAGCCAGUCAUGUGCGAUGGUGCCUCCUGGGGAUGAGGUGCUGGUCCAUCUGGAGACGCUGGCCAGCAGGUGCCUCCACGGGAAGAACUACUGCCGGCAGGUGCUCUGUCUUUAUGAGCUGGCCAAGGAGCUGGGCUGUUCCUAUACAGAUGUCGCUGCCCAAGAUGGCCAGGCCACGCUCCGUGCCAUCUUGGCUUCUCAUCGGCCUGAUCGAUGCAGGCGUGCCCAGGCCUUCAUCAGCACCCAGGGCCUCGAGCCAGGCACCGUGGCUGACCUCGUGGCUGAAGAAGUGACCCAGGAAUUGCUUAUCCCUUCAGAGGGGACAGGCCCUAAGCAGAUGUGCAGUCCCGCAGAAGAGAGUCAGGCGUUCCUGGCACUGACUGCCCUGUGUCCAGACCGCACAUUAGUGGGCAUGAAGUUGCUGGACAGGAUUUCCUCCGUGCCUCACGGGGAGCUGGCUUGCACCACAGAGCUCCUGAUCCUGGCCCAUCACUGCUUCAGCCUGACGUGUCACAUGGAGGGCAUCACCCGAGUCCUGCAGGCUGCCCGGAUGCUCACAGAUAACCACCUGGCCCCCAGUGAGGAGUAUGGAUUGGUGGUGCGUCUCCUCACCGGCAUUGGAAGGUACAACGAGAUGACGUAUAUAUUCGACUUGCUGCAUAACAAGCACUACUUUGAAGUGCUGAUGAGGAAGAAGUUGGAUCCGAGUGGGACGCUGAAGACAGCCCUGCUGGACUACAUCAAGCGCUGCCGCCCAGGGGACAGUGAGAAGCACAACAUGAUCGCCCUGUGCUUCAGCAUGUGCCGGGAGAUUGGCGAGAACCACGAGGCAGCGGCCUGCAUCCAGCUGAAACUGAUUGAAUCUCAGCCCUGGGAAGACCACCUGAAGGACACGCACCAGCUGAAGCAGCUGCUGCUGAAGGCCCUGACCCUGACUGUGGAUGCAGCAGAGAGUUAUGCCAAGGACUCGUGUGUGCGGCAAGCCCAGCACUGUCACCGGCUCACCAAGUUGAUCACGCUCCAGAUCCACUUCCUGAACACUGGCCAGAACACAAUGCUCAUCAAUUUGAGCUGCCACAAACUAAUGGACUGUAUCAUGGCCCUUCCUCGAUUCUACCAGGCUUCCAUCGUGGCUGAGGCCUACGACUUUGUUCCAGAUUGGGCUGAAAUUCUGUACCAAAAAGUGAUUCUUAAAGGAGAUUUUGAUUACUUGGAAGAAUUUAAGCAGCAAAGAUUACUGAAAUCCAAUAUAUUUGAAGAGAUUUCUAAAAAAUACAAACAACAUCAACCUACUGAUAUGGUCACAGAAAACCUGAAGAAGUUACUCACCUACUGUGAAGAUAUUUACCUGUAUUAUAAGCUGGCAUAUGAACACAAAUUUUAUGAAAUUGUAAAUGUACUUCUGAAGGACCCUCAGACAGGCUGCUGUCUAAAGGAUAUGCUAGCAGGCUAGACGAUUUCAUUGGUACCUGUUGUCUUCCACCGAUGUG